AUGGGCUUCCAGCUGACUCAUUCUAGUCUCGAGGGUCGACUUUUGUUCGCUGUACCUAAAAAGGGUCGACUUCUCCAAGCUACAUUAGAUCUUCUCAAAGGCGCGGAUAUCAAAUUCAGGCGAGAAAACCGGCUCGAUAUUGCACUUGUUGUCAAUCAUCCCAUUGCUUUGGUAUUUCUUCCUGCUGCAGAUAUUCCAACAUUUGUUGGUGAAGGUAGGGUCAGUCUAGGAAUUACAGGGCAAGACACAGUAGCAGAACAUGCAUCAUCAUUACUUAAGCAAAGGAAAAUACGACAGGAAUCCCUCAAUGUAAGUCAAAGCGACUACGAUGAUGGAUUUGGAUGUGAGGAGAUAAUGGAUUUGGGGUUUGGGACGUGUAAAUUGCAGGUCCAAGUACCCGAAAAGGGAGAGUAUGUCAAAUCAUCUGACCUGAUUGGAAAAAAUAUUGGAACAAGCUUUGUCCAUUUGGCUGAAGAUUAUUUCUUAAAACUCGAAUCUGAGGCAACGGAAAAGGAUGAAAAGGAUCCCAAAUCAUCUUUGAAAACAAAAAUCAUUGAGUUAAGUGGCAGCGUAGAAGCAGCUUGUGCUCUCGGAGUUGCAGAUGGGAUUAUUGAUCUAGUUGAAUCUGGAGAAACAAUGAAGGCCGCAGGUCUUAAGGCCGUUGAUACCGUAGUUUCUAGCACAGCAGUCUUAAUUAAGUCCCGAAACUCAUCCAAUAAUCAACUAAUAGACAUGAUUGCGUCACGGAUCCGAGGUGUUAUAACUGCUCAAAGAUUUGUACUUUGCCAAUAUAACAUGGAGCGUGCCAUACUAGACUCUGCAUUAAAAAUUACACCUGGAAAACGUGCACCAACAAUCAAUGCGCUAGAAGAAGAAGGAUGGGUGGCUGUGAGCGCCAUGGUCGAAAAGAAAGAAAUUGCAACAAUCAUGGACCAAUUAGCAAAGGUAGGUGCAACAGAUAUUUUAAUCCUCAACAUCGUGAACUCUAGGGGCAUUUAA